AUCCAAGGCAAUAAGACAGUAAAAGUCCAAGCCCGCUCUCGUGUGUGUCUGUGUGAGUGUGAGUGAGUGUGUCCCUUACGCUCAGGAUUUCAUCCGAGUCAAAAGUGCACGAGCCAACUAGCCCAAAAGCGAGCGAAUCUUCUUCAGUUUUGAAAAUUUCCUGUCGAGAAUACGAGCUUCUCUGGAACUUACGAGAGACCUCCACCCAAAACCAAAUUGUUAGUGCUUUUCAAUUGUUAAAACGGCGUUUCCAACCUCAGAACUCGUUCUCGUGCUUCAGUGAGCAUUGACAAACUAUACGCAAGACAAUGAAGCUCUUGGUUCUGUCCAGUCUCUUGGUCAUUUUCGCCAUCUUUGGGUCUGUGGAAAGUCUCCAAUGCUACACUUGCAUUUCGGGAACUGGGCGUGAUUGCACGGAUAUCUCGCAAGCAGAGGCCUCAGAAUGUCGCGCGGGAGAGCUUCAUUGUACGAAGAUUGUGCUUGGCAAUGAUGUGACUCGAGCUUGUUUCACCGGGCGUAAAUCCCAAGAGACGGGAUGCAAACAGAAUGGAGGCACUAUUAGUUGUGUUUGUGAAGGGGAUCUUUGCAAUGGAGCGACGUCCAUGAAAGCCAUUUCUCUCGCUCUCUCCAUACCUUUGGCACUUUUAGUGGCUGCUCUUCUCCACUGAGAGGCCCCAUCAAUAUUGAUUUAAAAAAUGAGAAGAAAAAGAUAUCAUUCUAUUGGAUUUAGGAAAAUGAAAUAGAGUCAGUUUCGUUUUUUUUUUA